GCUUUUUGCUUUUUUACCAAAUGAAAACAACUCAUUACUCAGCUGUUAAAGUGUUUAGCAGUUUACAACACUGGCCAGCAGCAUCAAUAUUUUUGUGGUAGUCAACUAUAUUCAAUAUUAAAACAAUUUGGGGCUAGCUUGAGUACGGCGCAUGCAUGUACGUUUUAAUGAAAUGCAGCGAACUCAACAAGAUCAAAAACAAUUGAAGCUGCACCAGCAGCAACAGCACACAGAACAGGACCAGCAGCAACAACAACAACAGCAGCAGCAGCACUAUCAUCAUCAUCACCACCAACAUAACAGUAACAGUAACAGCAAUGGGACGCGCAUUGCUGGAAGCAGCAAUACCACGCCCACAACGGCAACGAAUACAGUUGGUGGGGCAACAGCAAUAACACCGCCCCGGACCUUGGCGCUUAAUCGGAACUAUGCUGCAUCUGACACAUCGGGGGAACACGAUGGCGAUACAGACUAUCCGGACUCGCGUUAUGAAUGCGCCAUUUGCAUAGACUGGCUGAAUGAGCCCGUGCUGACGUCAUGCGGCCAUCGCUUUUGCAAGAGCUGCCUCAGCGAUUGGCUGGAGAAUCACAACCAGUGCUGCCCACUUGACAAUAAGCAGCUCUCCGCGGAGCAGGAUAUCUUUCCCGACAAUUAUACGCGUCGUGAAAUUGAGCAAAUCAAGCAUAAGUGCCCUAACUCGCCGCACGGCUGCGCCGUUGUGGCCUCGCCUAUUGAGCUGCAUCGACAUUUGCCCAGCUGCCCGUAUCGCCGGCAACUGCAACAGCAGCAGCUCGAGGAGAAGUGCCCUUUUGCUAGCAUUAAGUGCGAUUUUGUUGGUCGCCCGGAGACUAAUCAACUGGAGGAGCAUAUCAAAACAGAUAUGCCGCAUCACAUGCAGCUCAUGUUGCAGGCAUUUCAACAAACUGCCAUUGCUACUUGGCAGCCGCACAAGCCCAGCUCUAGCUCCCUAGAGAACGGCCAUAAGACUGGCCAACUGGCACCACCACCUCAGUAUGCGAAUGGAGUUGACGAGCAAAUCGUUCAGUCCAUGUACCAGCGCAUCGUUGUGCUUGAGCAACGUACACGCGAGCAGGAGACACGCAUCGAGAAUCUCAACAAGCAGUUGCGGCGCCAGCAGCCUAUCGAUGCGCGGUAUAGCAACGGCACCAUCGUCUGGCGCAUCGAGCAGCUGAGCGCACUGGUCGAGCGUCUGCGAUCCAAUGCGAAUAACCAAGUUUAUUCACACGAUUGCUAUACAUCACCGUAUGGAUACAAGUUCUGCGCCCGUCUCAACAUACAGCCGCGGAAGCCGCAUGUGCUUAGUCUGCACGUGCAUCUGAUGCAGUCGGAGAACGAUUUCCAUUUGGAUUGGCCAUUCAAGGGUCGCAUCAAGUUGUGCAUGGUGCAUCCGGGCGAUGCGAGCCUCUCCCAGCAUGACACCAUCAUGACAAAGCCAGAGAUUCUCGCCUUUCAUCAGCCGCGCGAGGCUAUCAGCACUCGCGGCUUUGGAUUUCUCGAGUAUGCCAACAUAUCCAAUAUUAUGCAAUUGGGCUUUUGUGCCGACAAUCGGCUGCUAAUCAAGAUUGAGAUUAACAUUGUCUGAAUCUCAACCUGAACUCAAGUAACCACAUCCCAUGUGCUCAAUAUACAAACAUACGCACAGAAAUGCAUAGAUACACUAUAGACGCAAUAUAUAUAUAUAUACGUAUAUUUUAUAUAGACCUUAUACCCUGUACGAAUAUUAGUCACACGGAUGGCAAAACAUCACAGCAAAGCAAUUUUUAUACCGUAGUGUAGAGGCGACUUUAUCCUAACUGAUAUAUGUACAAUGCAUAUAUGCAUAUAUAAUAGCAAUUUGAACAAGCCAAUUUUUGUAUACAUUUACACGCAUUUUAUCGUUCAACAUUUGAGGGCAACUGUUACAUUCCAUGCAACUCUCGAAUACCCUGCCCGAGAUGCAAACUUUGUAUCCGCAGUCCAGUUAACACCAACGAAAUGUCGAAGACGUUGGCAGAAGACCUCAGAUGGUAAUCAAUAACAGUAUCCAGUCAUGCUAUACCUACCCUUAUACCCGUCUAUAUAUUAUUAUUAUUAUUAUUUUGAUUGUGGUUUAUACUUUUA